CGUCGUUACGUUCCUAGUCUCUCCGGGCUCUCGGUGAAUGGUUCUGCGGGUCAUGGAGGAGGAAGGUAAAUAAAGAAGGGGCGCUGAGAACACACAGCAGUCGGUGUCUGACGGUUGCUGGAGGGUUUUCUUCUUGUAACGGUGCAUAAGCAGGAGACGGACAGGACGUGGAGAGAUAUCCCGGAGCGGAGCUACUGUGGUUGGGCUUCAUCCGGAGCUGUCGGCGGUUUUAGGGGAUCUGGUUGGCUUUGCCUCGUCCUUGUGUUACCAUGGCGAUGCGGGAGUUGGUGGAGGCAGAAUGCGGGGGAGCCAAUCCCCUCAUGAAGUUGACUGGUCAUAUGACCAAGGACGACGGCGCGUGGCGGCACCGCUCAACACCGACUAUUGCCCCCACUCCCAUUGAAAUUGCAACAGAGGAAGAGCUUGUGAAUGAGUUUCUUCAUGCUCCACCUCGACCCCCACACACGUUUGACAUGGGUCAGCUCCUAGAGGAGAUGCAGCAGAUUGACCAGCAGAGCUAUAGACAAGCCCCGCAGAGAGCUCCAGAUGUGGCAGCUCUGGCCCUCUCAGGCGACUGGGCAGCAGAGUUCGUCUCAGGUUCUGACUCUGCUGCCACUAAUGCUCUUGGGGAAGCAGCAGAUGCUGAUUGGACAAGAGAAUUUAUCGCUGAGGCUGCAGAUCCAGGACGCUGGGCAGAGGAGUAUCUGGAGCAGUCUGAGGAGAAGCUGUGGCUCGGGGACCUUGGCGACAAGGAGACUGAAUGGAUGAAGGAGUAUCAGCCUGGAGAUGAGCUGAGGCAGACGGCCAAUGAGCUUGUUUCAAAGGUUGAUGACCCCAAGUUACAAAACACAGAGUUCCUGCGAUUCAUUAGGCAGAUUGGCGAGGGCAGUGUGACAGUGGAGAGCAGAACAGACAAAGAGCUGACAGAUAAAGCUCAGGCCAAGGAGGCUCAGAACUGGGCCUCCAACCUCAACCAGUUCCUGACGGAGACGGGGGGAGGGAGUCUUCCCUUGGAACCUCCGGUGACGAAUCAAAGGAUUGAGAAAGUUAAAGCUAAACAAGCACAGCAGUGGGCCAAAGUCGUCAGGCAGGUGUCGGAGGUGUCCGCUGAAGCCUGGGUGGACGAGUUCACCUCAACGGGGCCAGAUUUUCAACAGGCCAAAGCUGCAGUGGAGAGUGAUGUUGAUUUCUGGGAGAAGCUGCAGCAGGAGUGGGAGGAGAUGGCCAAGCGAGACGCAGAAAGCCAUCCCUGGUUGUCCGACUACGAUCAGCUGCUCAGCUCCUCUUAUGACAAGGGGUAUCAGUUUGAAGAGGAAAACCCCUGCCUAUCCCACCCAGACCCUUUCUCAGAAGGACUGAAGAGGAUGGAGGCGGGCGACAUCCCAGGAGCUGUGCGGUUCUUUGAAAGUGCCGUUCAGAAGGAACCAGACAACCAGCUGGCUUGGCAAUAUCUGGGAACCUGCCAGGCAGAGAAUGAGCAGGAAUUUGCUGCCAUCAGCGCCCUCCGGAGAUGUAUAGAGUUGAAGAAGGACAACCUGACUGCCCUGAUGGCGUUGGCUGUCAGUUUCACUAAUGAGUCGCUACACAGGCAGGCCUGUGAGACAUUGCGCGACUGGCUGAAGCACAAUCCAAAAUACCAGUCUGUGUGGGAGCAGUAUGAGCGGGAUCAUCAAAGGGAUGGUGGUCGGGACAGGGAAAAGGACAAGGAGAGGUUCGGAUCAUUGUUGCCAGAAUCAUUGUUCACCGAUGUCCAGAAUCUGUUCCUACUUGCAGCCAACUCUGACCCUUCCCAGGUGGACCCCCAACUGCAGUGCGGUCUGGGGGUUCUGUUCAACCUGAGCGGAGAGUACGACAAAGCGGUGGACUGUUUCAGCGCUGCUCUCUCUGUCACUCCACAGGAUUACCUGUUGUGGAAUAAGUUGGGUGCCACACUGGCCAAUGGAAGCCACUCAGAGGAGGCAGUGGCCGCCUACAGGAGAGCUCUGGAACUGCAGCCUGGUUUCGUUCGCAGUCGCUAUAACUUGGGAAUCAGCUGCGUUAACUUAGGGGCACACAGAGAGGCUGUGGAGCACUUCCUUGAAGCGCUGUCUCUUCAGCGACAGGCUGCAGGAGAUGGCGCGAGAGCUGCAAGGGGACCUGGAGGCGCAGCAGCCACGGUGAUGUCUGAUAACAUCUGGUCCACACUGCGGAUGGCUCUCAGCAUGAUGGGAGAGAGCUCUUUGUACGCCGCAGCCGACCGAAGAGACUUGGACACGUUGCUGGCUCAUUUCAGCCAGAGAGAGGUGGAGGGUGGAAGUAAAUGAGAACCAGCCAGGCAAGGGUUUAUUGAGUGUGAAUGUGCUCAGAUGGGAGGUCAAUGUUUGGGUGAAAUCAUGGCAGUUAACAGUUGGAAAUAAAUGGCAGACGGGGACACUGUGACAUCAGAGAUGUUGGAUCUUCAUGUGUGUUUUAAAUAAGUACUUAUAAUGCAGUAUCCGUCUCCAUCUGGAGAAAAGCAACCAGCAGUAGUUCAGUCAAGCUGCUACUGUGCUUCAGAUGUUUGCCCUUCCUCACAUUUCCCUCGUUGUUGUUCCAGCAGAUGGGGUGUAACGGUUCCCUUUUGAAGUUUUGAGGAAUAAAGUAAACAACACCAAGCAUGUCGAUCAUAUCUGUAGCCAACAACGUUAAGUCGGUUUGUGUUAUGACACUCAGUACUCUCCCAGCCUUCAUUACCUAUCAGUACAUUUCAGGAUUUGGGUGACUAAAGGUACAGUGCUGCUGAAAUAUCAAAAGAGUUCUGCUGUCACCCAGAGGUGCUCUCAAGAGAGAGAUGUUAUGCAGUUAAGAGAAUAAAUACAUUUCAAAAAGUGCUUCAGCUUUGUUUUUAUAUAAUAUGUAAUUUCUUAGUGGUCAUUGACCUUCCAGGACGGUGAACUUGCAACCAGCAAGACUGUUAUUAAGAUCAGGUGUGUGUGUCUUUUCAUUGUGAUUAACCUGGGCAACAUGUAAAAUCAAAUCAUGAGAAUGAUUGUUGUGGCUCCCCUCUGUUUUGCUCAUUUUCAUAAUGCUCUUAAACUAAUUCUGCUUCAUUGUAAAAUAAUCCUGUAUGCCAUACUGUGUAUUGUAACAUAAUUGAUGCACUAGAAUUGUUUUCAGGCUACUUGGAUCCUGAUUGCAAUCUUUAAUAUAAUAUCCAGCAAUAAAGCUUUGAUUCCAAGCAUUA